AUUAUUAGAGAGAAGAGAAAGGCGGAACAAUAGAGAGAAGAGAAGAGAGAGAAUGGGUGAGGUAGCUGAUAAUAAUACAUUGAUGAAGAAGAAGAAGAAAGGUAGGCCUUCUCUACUUGACCUCCAAAAGCGAGCUCUCAAACAGCAACAAUUGCUCCAGAGAAGAAACCCCGAUGAAGAAGAAGACGAAGAGCUUAGAUCCGGUUUCAGAAACCCUAAUUCCGGCGCCCGAUCAAAUCGCCGGAAUUCGAAUUCUGACGACGACGAUGAUGAGCGGAGAGACAAAAAGCAUCGGCUUUUGCACGGAUUGAAUUCACACGACCGUCGUGAUUCUUCUAAUUCCAAAUCUGUUGGCGGCGAUUUGGACUCCGAUGCUAUCAGACGCCGGAAAAUUGACGGAUCUGACGAUACGGGAGAAAAGGCUUCGAAAGCGACAGACAUUCUUCAAAGAGGGUCACUUGUGGAGUCUACACCUUUGCCAGACAAAAAGUUGCUCUUGUUCAUCCUUGAUAGAGUUCAAAAGAAGGAUACAUAUGGAGUGUACUCUGACCCAGCUGAUCCGGAGGAGCUUCCUGAUUAUUAUGAGAUUAUCAAGAAUCCGAUGGAUUUCAGCACAUUGCGGAAGAAAUUAGAAUCCAGGGCAUACACCACCUUAGAACAAUUUGAGGCAAGUCUUGUUAUUGAACCUAAAAUGGAGUGUUCACCUUUCAUAGUUUUGAUUCUUCAUAUUGUUAAGUCUCGUUCAAUAGUUUCUCUGCAAGACGUAUUUUUAAUAUGCACGAAUGCGAUGGAAUACAAUUCAGCAGAUACAGUAUACUUUCGACAGGCACGAGCUAUGCUUGAGUUGGCUAAAAAGGACUUUGGAAAUUUGAGACAAGAAAGUGAUGGAGAAGAACCAGUGUCACUGUCACAACAGCCUAAAGUGGCCAAAAGAGGCCGUCCUCCAGGCUCGGGCCUUAAGAAACAGCUUGAGCAAUCUUUGAUUGAUCGCACGACUUCUGAUAUAUCAGCUGAUGCAGCAGCACUCACUUAUGCUGGAGAUAGCUCUAGAUUAUCCGGUUCUUACAAUCUAAGAAAAAAUCCUCCUUCUUAUGGAUUACGUCAAGCAGAAACUUCGGUUAGAAUCAACCAUAAUAGCGAGAACCAAAGUGGCUUGAUGAUAGAUUGGGAGAAAGAGUUUCCACCUUCUGUUGUGAAGGCUGUCCAUAAAUACGGGAUGAAAAAUGUCGACGAGAACAGGCGAGAUACCUACAACCAGAUUUCUACUUCCUUGCAAGAAUCUUCGAUUUUUACAAUGCUUGAAGAUGAUUUAAAACAGUUAACUCCAGUUGGAUUGAAAACUGAAUAUGGGUAUGCUAGGAGUCUAGCACGGUAUGCAGCAAAUCUUAGUCCUGUUGCUUGGAGAUUUGCCAAUGCGAGGAUUGAAAAAUUGUUACCAACUGGAACCGAAUUUGGUCCCGGGUGGGUUGGGGAGAACCCAGAAGCGCCUCCUGAGAAUCCUCCUCAACAGCAAAACUUAUUGAUGGGAAAGCAAAAGUGUUCGAAUGACUUUGCGUCUGAUGAUCAUCAUCAGUCAAGCAGAAUCAUGUCUCCGACAACCUCUGUCUCAAGUUCCAUUAUAGGAAACAGACAUUUCUCCCAUGAAAGCAAAGAGUCUGUGCCAACUGCUCACGUAUUGAAUCAAGAAACCGAGAGCAAUGGUAUAGUCCGUGCUUCCAGCGGAUUUAACCAACCACAAAACCAGAUGCUGGAAACAGCUGUUUCGCAACAAGGCUUGUUUCCGAACAUAAAACAGGGAUUUCAGCAGUUGCCACCGGAUCUGAAUGCUAGGCUUGUCUCACCAAACUCACCGGGCUCGAACCACCAGGCGGGUUCAUCGCAGCAUCCGGAUUUAGCAUUACAACUCUAAGUAAUUCCUACUAAUAUUGAAAGCUUUACCGAUAUAGGAGGGAGAAGAAGAGGCAGAGGCAUGUGAUUCUUGGUACAAGGUUGAAUAUAUAGGGAAAGUUUCU